AUGGCUUUCGGGGUUCUGCAGAGUGAGAAGGUUCCCUUUCCAGUUGGUACUGUGCUUCUAGAGUCGACCACUUCGGCAUCCUCAACACUUGGAGCACUUGGCAAGAUAAAUCUUAGUCCACUUCCGUCGUCUUCUCCACGAGAUCCUCUUAAUUGGUCUAAGGUUCGCAAAGAAUUAUUCUUCCUUGUGAUAAUCUUCGGGUCAUGCCUCAACGGGGUUCUCGGGCCAGUGCUUGUGCCUGCAUUCGGCAUUAUACAGACCAGCCUCGAUAUUUCGCUGACCAAAGUCUCACUUCUCAACGGCGCUCUCAUCAUGGGCCUAGGGCUGAGCUCUUAUCUCUACCCGAUUCUAGCAACGGUAGUCGGAAAGAGGCCAGUAUUCCUGCUCACAUCCGUCAUCCUUGUGGCUUCGAGUUGUUGGGGAGGUGGUGCGAAGUCGUAUAGCAGUCUGCUGGGGGCACGUACUGUACAAGGUCUCGGUAUGGGCUCUUUCCUCAGCCUCUCAGGAACCGCGUCGAUAAACGAUGUCUUCUUCGUCCACGAGCGGGGUUUCCGAGUCGGUCUGUGGAAUGCUGCUGUUAUCGUUUCGAUAAACGUGGCUCCUAUAAUUAGCAGUCGCAUCAUUGUCGCCUGCGGAUGGCGAUGGGCCUUCUGGAUCCUGGCUAUUAGCUUUGGAGUUUUAGUGGGUGCAACCCUAGUCGGUAUGCCAGAGACCUCCUUCGAUCGCAAUGGGAUCGAGGGUGAAGUAGUAGUUGGGAAUGAAGACCCCGACGCCGCCAAGUUAUCUGAGCGUAACGCGACAAAGAGUGGGUUUGGGGAAGAUUCGGCCACUAUUCAGUCGUCUCUGCCGCCUGUGAGAGAGAUCGGGAAGUUGGAGAUGUUGCCAAUCACGUUUCAGAGCACGUUACAUCCUUGCCCGGCAUCGCAAGGGAGCUUCAAAGAUGCUGGUCUUUCAAUGAUCAGGGCUCUCCGGCUCCUGAGACAUCCAGCUACGAUAUGGGCCUGCAUCAUCUGGUCAGUAAUGUUCAGCUGGGUGAUCAUUCUAGGCGUUGUUGCUUCCCAAAUCUUUGCUGCUCCCCCAUACAACAUGACACCAACGGCAGUGGGAAAUUUGAUCGGCAUUCCGCCUUUGAUUGGCAGCCUUCUGGGAACUGUGCUAGGAGGGUAUUUUUGCGAUUUCGUCGCCCUUCGGCUCAGUCAUCAGAACGGGGGCGUCUAUGAGCCCGAGUUUAGGCUUUGGACCAUUUUCGUGAGCUGCAUCGUGCCCCUCGCCGUUGGAGUCUUUGGCCUGGGACAGGCAAUCUCGAAUGGAAGCUCUGCCAUAGUUUGCGGCUUCUUCCUUGCCAGCCUGAACUUCGCGAUCGGCACAGGUUGUACAACUAUCGUUGCAUACUCCAAUGACGUUUUCGGAGACGAGGCAGGAGAAGUUUUCGGCCUGGCAAUGCUGGUCAAGUCAUCUUUCGCAUUCGGACUGACUUUCAUGCUGAACGACUACUAUGCUUUCCAUGGGCCAAGAGGAUUUUUCUUCACAUGGGGUUCACUGAGUCUUGGUUUAACGCUCUUUGGUACAAUACCUAUGUAUAUCUAUGGGAAGAGGGCCAGGGCUUGGGCUAAAUAG